UAAACCGUUAAAUUUUGUAAAACCCCGAUUUCUGUUGUCUUCCCACUAAAUUCUCAAAACCCCUAAACUCUGCAACUCUAAGCUCCGUUCCGUUUCAACAAUGGCGGAGCUCCCAAUCCUUCAGUUCGAAGAGAAAAUCAUCGAAACAGUAGAACGGAACUCCGUCGUUGUCAUCAUCGGAGAGACCGGUUCCGGAAAGAGCACGCAGCUCUCUCAAAUCCUCCACAGAAGAGGCUACACCAACUCCGGCGUCGUCGGCGUCACUCAGCCUCGCCGUGUCGCCGCCGUCUCCGUUGCCAGACGAGUUUCGCAGGAGCUCAAUGUUCGGCUCGGCGAGGAAGUCGGAUACGCCAUCAGAUUCGAAGAUAGAACUUCCGAAAGGACUCGGAUCAAGUACUUGACCGAUGGAGUUCUUCUUCGUGAGAGCCUAUCCAAUCCGGAGCUCGAUCAGUACUCUGUAAUUAUACUCGAUGAGGCUCACGAGAGAAGUCUCAACACGGACAUAUUGCUGGGACUGAUGAAACGAUUGGUGAAGAGGCGUGCUUCGAAUUUGAAGGUUCUUAUUACUUCGGCGACUCUUGAUGGUGAUAAAGUAUCACAGUUCUUUUCGAAUUGCCCGGUGCUGAAUGUUCCGGGGAAGCUAUACCCUGUGGAGAUAUUGUACAGCAAUGAGCGUCCUAAGAGCUAUCUUGAGUCGUCUUUGAAAACAGCUCUCGAUAUACAUAUUAAGGAACCUAAAGGAGAUGUCUUGAUAUUCAUGACUGGGCAGGAUGACAUAGAGAAGUUGGUCUCUAAGUUAGAAGAUAGAGUUAGAAGCCUGGAAGAAGGAUCUGUCUUGGAUGCCAUAAUCCUUCCUCUUCACGGUUCUCUGCAGCCUGAAAUGCAGGUACGUGUAUUUAGUCCCCCACCUCCUAAUUGUAGGAGAUUUAUUGUUGCCACAAACAUUGCUGAAACUUCUUUGACUGUUGAUGGUGUUGUGUAUGUUAUUGAUUCUGGUUAUGUGAAGCAACGGCAGUACAACCCCUCAACUGGCAUGUACUCCCUCGAAGUUGUUCAAAUUAGCAAGGUACAAGCUAAUCAACGAGCAGGACGAGCUGGAAGGACACGUCCUGGGAAAUGCUAUCGGUUAUAUCCUUCCGUUGCUUACCAUGAGGAGCUGCUGGAUGCAACAAUUCCUGAAAUUCAACGUUCUUCACUUGCUGGAAGUGUUCUUUAUUUGAAAUCCUUGGACCUCCCUGAUAUUGACAUUCUCACAUUCGAUUUUCUUGAUUCUCCUUCCUCUGAAUCUUUACAAGAUGCUCUGAAGCAGUUGUAUCUUAUUGAUGCUAUUGAUGAAAAUGGAUUGAUCACGAGAGUUGGGAAAACAAUGGCUGAGCUUCCACUAGAACCUUCACUGUCAAGAACCUUAAUGGAGGCAAAUGAGUGUGGUUGCUUGUCCCAGGCUUUGACAGUUGCUGCUAUGUUAUCUGCAGAAACUACAUUGCUUCCUGGUCGAAGCAAGAGUACUGAGAAGAAAAGGAAACAUGAUCAUUUGGACCUUCCUGAUGGUUCGGGUUGGGGUGAUCACAUCCAGUUGCUGCAGAUCUAUGAGUGCUGGCAUCAAACUCACUAUGACAUUGAUUGGUGCAAGGACCGUGGCUUGCAGGUAAGAGGGAUGACGUUUGUCAAGGAUGUAAGGAAACAGCUAUGUCAAAUAAUGCAAAAAAUAGCAAAGGGAUCAUUAGAUGUACAGACAAGCAGAAGAGGGAAACAAACCCAACAGGAUUAUAAUAACUUGAGGAAGGCUUUAUGUGUGGGGUAUGCAAAUCAGCUUGCUGAGAGAAUGGUAUUUCACAAUGGCUAUCGAACUUUAGGUUUUAAGCCCCAAGUAGUACAGGUGCAUCCAUCCUCUGUGCUAAAACCAGAUGAUGAAGGGAAAUUUCCAAAUUAUGUCGUGUACCAGGAACUUAUUGCCACUUCUCGUCCAUACUUGCGCACUGUAUGUGCUGUAAAUGUUGCAUGGGUUACACCCAUUUUGAACAAGGUUAAUAAACUAAACAUCAACAAGCUGAGUGGUGGGAGUGGUCAUAUUGAAGAGCAUGCAGAGGGAAAUAUUUCUGAUUUGCCAAAGAAAGAUGCUGUUACAGCAGUUCCUGAUGAUCAAGAAAGUAAAAUACAAGCAGCCAGAGAACGAUUUCUUGCUCGUAAAGGAAAGAAAUGAGCUUAAUCUGCAGUUGUAUUUGAUGGAACAGUCAUCGCAUUGGUACUGCUCUCUGUCAAUGUGGAGUAAGAUUUUAAAGGCUGCUUGAAAGAGAGAAUAGUUGCUGCUCAGAUAUCAAUUACAAUGCUCACUCCCCAAAACCAAGCUAAUGAAACUGACACCCUAAUUUCCUGAUCAAAAUCACGUUACCCUCGUCCAUGAUUAGAGAGUAUCAAUCAACCGUCUCUGUUAGAAAUUGUUUUAUCUAAUGCUGAUCGUUGGUAAAUUUUGACUUACGUAUAGGCCUAUUUUGUGUUUGUUGGCCGUUUGUUGACAUGUACAGUGUAAAUAUUUCCACAUUUGAGGAGCUUUGGUCUGAGAAUGAUCAUACAGGGAACAAAAUUGUUUGCUUCUGCCAUUCGAUGUCACAAUUUCACCGUUGGGAUGAUUAGCGAUUAG